AUGCCCUUAAUGAGGAUAUUACAGAUCUCCAGAGCUAUUAAAUGGGUAAGACGGGCAAAAUUGAUAUUAAACUUGUUAAUCUUUGAGGAGAGGAGGAAAAAAAAAAACAUAUUUACCUCUUGGCUCUCAUAGGAAGAGAUUUGAAGGGUUUGUGCUUUGUAGCAUAGGAGCCCCGAAGGUACAAAGUAGGAAGUUGAAAGAACAGCUUGUGAUAUGCGGGAUCCUCUGUUUUGCUCGGGAGACUUGAGAGUUAGAAUAUGGCCUUGUGGGCGAGGGAGAAGAGAAGCCACUGUUUGGAAUUUCGAUGUGACUGAUCGAAGGAAGAAAGAGUGAGUAGGUACCACCAGAGGAAGGGAGGGGAGCUUGCUGCUCUGUUUUGUAACAGAUGAUACGAUCCGUCUCUCGGCUGUUAUCUUCUCCUGCCUUCAAAGAGAAAUUUUAUGAGUAUAAACCCAUUGAACCAAACCUCCUUUCCUUGCUAGAUCAUUGUUCCAACUUCAAGCACAUUAAUCAAACACAUGGGUUCAUGGUUACUAGAGGUCUCGACCAGGACAAUCUUCUCCUUAGCAAAUUUAUCGACACAUGCUCGAUUUUGGGAUUUAUGGAUUAUGGGUAUUCGGUGUUCAGUCUCAAAACCCAACCAGAUAUUUAUCUCUACAACACUAUUAUCAAGGCUCUCUCUAAAACAGAUUAUGCAGAAGAGGCUAUUCUUUUGUAUAAUAGGAUCCAAAUUAUGGGUUUUCGACCGGAUACCUACUCUUUUCCUUCUGCAUUGAAGGCUGUUGUUCAUUUGUCUGCGUUUGGAGUGGGUAAACAAAUUCAUGGCCACGCAAUCCGAACUGGGUUGGACUCUGAUGUUCAUGUCGCCACCGCUCUGAUUCAGAUGUAUUCGGCUUGCGGGGUAAUUUUGGAUGCCCGAAGUUUAUUUGAUGGGAUGAAUUUCAGGGAUGUAGCUUCGUGGAAUGCAAUGGUCGCUGGCUGUGCGAAGGUUGGAGAUGCUGACAGUGCCUGCAAGCUGUUUGAGAAGAUGCCUGAGAGAAAUGUGAUCUCAUGGACUGCCGUAAUUGCAGGUUAUGCUCAGGUUAACCGGCCAAGUGAGGCAAUAGAAAUCUUUCGGAGAAUGCAGCUUGAGGAUGUAGAACCAGAUGAAAUUGCAAUGCUAGCUGCCCUUUCGGCUUGUGCCCAUCUGGGUGCUCUUGAGUUAGGAGAAUGGAUUCAUAACUACAUAGAUAAGCUUGGUUUACAUAGGAUUGUUCCCCUUAACAAUGCCCUCAUAGACAUGUAUGCUAAGUCAGGAAGUAUAGGGAAGGCAAUAGAAGUUUUUGAAAAUAUGAAGCAUAGGAGUGUUAUAACUUGGACGACAAUGGUUGCCAGCCUAGCUUUACAUGGGCUUGGCAGAGAAGCCCUCCAAAUGUUCUCUCGCAUGGAGAAAGCAAGGAUAAAGCCAAAUGAAGUUACUUUUAUUGCCAUCCUUUCAGCUUGUAGUCAUGUUGGAUUGGUUGAUGUAGGUCUAUGGUAUUUCAACAGCAUGAGGUCACAUUAUCAGAUAACUCCAAAGAUUGAGCAUUAUGGCUGUAUGGUUGAUCUUCUUGGGCGUGCUGGUUAUCUCCAAGAGGCGAAGGAACUGGUCAGAGAGAUGCCAUUUGAAGCAAAUGGAGCUAUUUGGGGAUCUCUUCUUGCAGCCUCUAGGAUCCAUGGGGAUCUUGAGCUUGGAGAGAGUGCUUUGAGGCAUCUCAUCAAGUUGGAGCCCAAUAACAGUGGGAACUACACACUUUUAUCUAAUAUAUAUGCUGCCCUUGGGAGGUGGAAUGAAGUUGGGAUGGUAAGGAAGGAGAUGCGAGAUAAGGGUGUGAAGAAGAUACCAGGAGGAAGUUCCAUUGAGAUGAAUAACAGAGUUUAUGACUUUGUUGCGGGGGACAAAUCUCAUCCUCAGUCUGCAGGAAUAUAUGAAGUUCUCUAUCAGAUGAACUGGCAAUUAAAGAUGGCAGGAUACGUCCCAAAGGAAUGUGUAGGGCCUUUUGAAUAUGUUGAGUAGAGAGAAUUGGGAAAUGAUUAAUCUUCUGUCUUAACUUUAGUUUGAAGAGGAUAAUAUCAUGUGAGAUGUGACUAGCUUUUACAGCCUCUGCAGAGAAUGCUACAUGUUAUACUACCCUGAGCUCCACACAAGUCCAACUUUAUUAAGGAAAUGAUAAUGUUCGACUGGAUUAGUAGCUAUUCAUGCCAAAUGGAUUCAGGAACCAGCUAACCAAUCAGGGUUUGUGGAUGCUGUUUACCUGCCAUAACUUAUGAAAACCAGGCCCCAUCUGAUUGCUGGAUUUAUAUCAAAUACUAUGAGAUGUCUGGGAAUUGGUGGGGGCUAGAGAAUUGAUGAUCAACAAUCAAUUGUUUCUGAUUACCUGGGAGUGGGGAAAUUUGGUGGAUGUUUUACAAGAAACUUAUUUUGUUAAUGGAUUUUUAUCCACCUUACUUGGGAUUUCAUCCUGCUAAUCGCUGAUCUUGGCUUCACAUGGCGCUAAUGGUUCCCCUCGCCUCUGCCCACUCAAAAAGAGAAUCCCUUCCAUCACCAAAAAAAAAUAAAAUUCAGAGCCACAAUUACAGCCAAGGGAUUUGGAGCAUUUGAAGUGAGAAAUGGAUGGUAGGAUUUUGAAGGGACUAUGACAUUAAGAGCAACAUGGGCUCUUAUCUAUGAACAGCUUUAAACUUACUUUAAUGAGAGUUUUUGGCUGGAAAUACUGGGCCAGCAGGAGUAGAAUUGAAAGGGAUCACAAAGUUGAUACACUUUAAGCAGAGAUAUGGGUGCUGAUCCAGGGAUUGGAGAAAUUGGUUUACAGUAUUGCAGCACAAAUUAUAAUUAGGAGGAGACACUGCCAUAGGAUCAGAUGGAUCAUGGAUGGAUUUAAAAGAGUUUGGAAUGUGGAGAUGUCAGCACCUCAAUAAUAGAGUUGAUUCCUUCCAACCAGAUUGAACUCCUAGUUCCAGUGCAUCCAGAGUAGCAAAUGGUUGGGCCAUGAACUAACAAGAGAUUUUGCUUUGAGGGAUGACUGAUACAUUUGGAAGUAUCAUUUACUACUGGAUUAAAGUUCUCAACUAGUGAAAUUUGUACUGUUACAUUGCUGUUCAUAUUGUCACUGAUAGACUUGGAUGUUCUACCAUUGUGCUAGGCCUUAUGGUGGUCUGUUUUGAAUGAAGAUUAUUCUUGCUCAUUAAAAAAGAAUCCGAAGAUGUUUAAAAGCCUUCA